GUGUGGGCCGAAUCUCAACCAUCUUAAAGCCCAAUUUAAUGAGGAAUUAAAGAAAGGGGAAGCCCUAAAGUGGCCUCCAUGGUUCAUCAUCUUCUCUCCCGCCGCUUUCAUUUCCUCCUUACAAAACCUAUUUACUUUUGCCGGAAUCUGACGUCAGCAUGCCCUGCAAGCACUUCCAGAGCUCAAUCGAUCUUGACCUCGUUGCGACGUUUUCCGCUUCGAUUAUCGACAGUGUGCCCACUCUUAUCAUCACCGCCUACAACUGAUUUUGUCUUCUUUCUCGUCGUUCGAAUUUGAUUCUACUACUGUUCCGAUUGAAUUUAAAAGAUGGCAACUUUGAAAGGUUACGGCUUGAUCUCCAUUGACUCUGCCCUCCAUUUUCCUCGCUCACAUCAAUUGGAGAGCUACAAGAGAAGGAAUGCGAAAUGGGUCUCUCCAAAAGCAGCUGUUGUACCUAACUUCCAUCUUCCAAUGCGCAGUCUCGAGGAUAAAAACAGGACAAACACAGACGACAUUAGGUCACUUAGAGUGAUCACAGCCAUUAAGACACCGUAUCUACCUGAUGGAAGAUUCGACCUCCAAGCGUACGAUGACUUAGUCAACAUGCAGAUAGAAAACGGUGCUGAAGGUGUGAUUGUUGGUGGUACAACCGGGGAAGGCCAAUUGAUGAGCUGGGAUGAACACAUAAUGCUUAUAGGCCACACGGUUAAUUGUUUUGGCGGAAGAAUCAAAGUCAUUGGAAACACUGGAAGCAACUCUACUAGGGAAGCUAUACAUGCCACUGAGCAAGGAUUCGCUGUGGGAAUGCACGGGGCACUGCACAUUAACCCUUACUAUGGAAAAACAUCCAUUGAAGGCAUGACCGCGCAUUUUCAAACCGUUCUUCAUAUGGGACCGACGAUUAUUUACAAUGUUCCUGGCCGAACGAGUCAAGAUAUACCUCCCCAGGUUAUCUUUAAACUCUCCCGGAACCCUAAUAUGGCUGGGGUUAAGGAAUGCGUUGGUAAUAACCGUGUUGAAGAGUAUACUGAGAAUGGAAUUGUCGUCUGGAGUGGAAAUGAUGAUCAGUGCCAUGAUUCUAGAUGGGAUCACGGUGCAACUGGAGUGAUAUCGGUUACUAGCAAUUUAGUUCCGGGUUUGAUGAGGAAGUUGAUGUUUGAAGGUAGAAACUCAGCGUUGAACUCAAAGCUUCUUCCUUUAAUGGAUUGGCUAUUCCAAGAACCGAAUCCGAUUGGUGUUAACACUGCUUUGGCUCAGUUAGGAGUUGCGAGGCCGGUUUUUCGGUUACCUUAUGUGCCAUUGCCUCUAUCCAAAAGGAUUGAGUUCGUAAGGCUAGUGAAGGAAAUCGGAAGGGAGCAUUUUGUAGGAGACAGAGAUGUUCAGGUACUUGAUGAUGAUGACUUCAUCUUAAUCGGUCGAUAUUAGAGUCUCUUCCUUGAAGAUUGGUUGUGUUUAUACUCUCUUCGUUCAGUUAUUAGUUAUUGAGCUUAUGAGAAAUUUACAGAUGGAUCAUAGAGUUGUUCUACUUGUUGUAAUGUUUGGUCUGUUACUUUUGGUGAUGAAUCUGAUGGCUUUUGCUUACUCUA